GGGAAAUGUAGUGCGAAGCUGCACUUCCUAGUAAUGGCUGCCUGCUGUAAGGUAACAUGUGUCAUUAUGUGUAUGUUUUCAUACACUGUCUACCUCCUUACUGCUAGCUGUGUGCAUGACAUUGUUCUGUAAUACUGCAUGCAAUAGGGUUUAGCAGGGAUAUAAAAUAGUCAUAUUAAAUGUUUUUGUUUAAUUUCAAUGGGUGAUAUGAUGUAUGGAUGAAAUUUGCAUGAAGCUUAGUGCAUCACACUGCUUUGAGUGUUACAUGCUGGAGAAGUGAAUAGCAUGUAGCUACAUGGGAAUACAAAUAUUUAUGCAGUUUACAGUCACAAAUAGCACUAAAAACAAACUGCAGCAUUUAUUAUAUUUAUAUUAGUAUGUUAUUUCCAGGUCCCUAUGUAUGUUGUGGGUUUGGAUUUUCUUGGUCCCUAUAUUUGUUGUGGGUUAGGAUUUCCAGGUCCCUAUGUAUGUUGCAGUUUAGGAUUUCCAGGUCCCUAUGUAUGUUGCAGUUUAGGAUUUCCAGGUCCCUAUGUAUGUUGUGGGUUAGGAUUUUCUUGGUCCCUAUAUUUGUUGUGGUUUAGGGUUUUCCAGGUCCCUGUGUAUGUUGUGGUUUAGGGUUUUCCAGGUCCCUGUGUAUGUUGUGGUUUAGGUUUUCCAGGUCCCUAUGUAUGUUGUGGCUUAGGAUUUCCAGGUCCCUAAGUAUGUUGUGGUUUAGGAUUUCCAGGUCCCUAUGUAUGUUGCGGUUUAGGAUUUCCAGGUCCCUAUGUAUGUUGUGGUUUAGGAUUUCCAGGUCCCUGUGUAUGUUGUGGUUUAGGAUUUCCAGGUCCCUAUGUAUGUUGUGGUUUAGGAUUUCCAGGUCCCUAUGUAUGUUGUGGUUUAGGGUUUUCCAGGUCCCUAUGUAUGUUGUGGUUUAGGAUUUCCAGGUCCCUAUGUAUGUUGUGGUUUAGGUUUCCAGGUCCCUGUGUAUGUUGUGGGUUAGGUUUUCCAGGUCCCUAUGUAUGUUGCAGUUUAGGAUUUCCAGGUCCCUAUGUAUGUUGUGGGUUAGGAUUUCCAGGUCCCUAUGUAUGUUGUGGUUUCGGAUUUAUAGGUCUCUGUGUAUGUUGUGGUUUAUGGUUUUCCAGGUCCCUAUGUAUGUUGUGGGUUAGGUUUUCCAGGUCCCUAUGUAUGUUGUGGUUUAGGAUUUCCAGGUCCCUAUGUAUGUUGUGGUUUAGGAUUUCCAGGUCCCUGUGUAUGUUGUGGUUUAGGAUUUGGUCCCUAUGUAUGUUGUGGUUUAGGAUUUCCAGGUCCCUAUGUAUGUUGUGGUUUAGGAUUUCCAGGUCCCUAUGUAUGUUGUGGGUUUGUUGGUGUUGUGGGUUAGGAUUUCCAGGUCCCUAUGUAUGUUGCAGUUUAGGAUUUCCAGGUCCCUAUGUAUGUUGCAGUUUAGGAUUUCCAGGUCCCUAUGUAUGUUGUGGGUUAGGAUUUUCUUGGUCCCUAUAUUUGUUGUGGUUUAGGGUUUUCCAGGUCCCUGUGUAUGUUGUGGUUUAGGGUUUUCCAGGUCCCUGUGUAUGUUGUGGUUUAGGUUUUCCAGGUCCCUAUGUAUGUUGUGGCUUAGGAUUUCCAGGUCCCUAAGUAUGUUGUGGUUUAGGAUUUCCAGGUCCCUAUGUAUGUUGCGGUUUAGGAUUUCCAGGUCCCUAUGUAUGUUGUGGUUUAGGAUUUCCAGGUCCCUGUGUAUGUUGUGGUUUAGGAUUUCCAGGUCCCUAUGUAUGUUGUGGUUUAGGAUUUCCAGGUCCCUAUGUAUGUUGUGGUUUAGGGUUUUCCAGGUCCCUAUGUAUGUUGUGGUUUAGGAUUUCCAGGUCCCUAUGUAUGUUGUGGUUUAGGUUUCCAGGUCCCUGUGUAUGUUGUGGGUUAGGUUUUCCAGGUCCCUAUGUAUGUUGCAGUUUAGGAUUUCCAGGUCCCUAUGUAUGUUGUGGGUUAGGAUUUCCAGGUCCCUAUGUAUGUUGUGGUUUCGGAUUUAUAGGUCUCUGUGUAUGUUGUGGUUUAGGGUUUUCCAGGUCCCUAUGUAUGUUGUGGGUUAGGUUUUCCAGGUCCCUAUGUAUGUUGUGGUUUAGGAUUUCCAGGUCCCUAUGUAUGUUGUGGUUUAGGAUUUCCAGGUCCCUGUGUAUGUUGUGGUUUAGGUUUUCCAGGUCCCUAUGUAUGUUGUGGUUUAGGAUUUUCAGGUCCCUGUGUAUGUUGUGGUUUAGGAUUUCCAGGUCCCUGUGUAUGUUGUGGUUUAGGAUUUCCAGGUCCCUAUGUAUGUUGUGGUUUAGGAUUUCCAGGUCCCUGUGUAUGUUGUGGUUUAGGAUUUCCAGGUCCCUGUGUAUGUUGUGGGUUAGGAUUUCCAGGUCCCUAUGUAUGUUGUGGUUUAGGGUUUUCCAGGUCCCUAUGUAUGUUGUGGUUUAGGAUUUCCAGGUCCCUAUGUAUGUUGUGGUUUAGGAUUUCCAGGUCCCUAUGUAUGUUGUGGUUUAGGAUUUCCAGGUCCCUAUGUAUGUUGUGGCUUAGGAUUUCCAGGUCCCUAUGUAUGUUGUGGUUUAGGAUUUCCAGGUCCCUAUGUAUGUUGUGGUUUAGGAUUUCCAGGUCCCUAUGUAUGUUGUGGUUUAGGGUUUUCCAAGACCCUAUGUAUGUACUUUAAACUCCUUAAGGACCUAACUUCUGGAAUAAAGGGGAAUCAUGACAUGUCACACAUGUCAUGUGUCCUUAAGGGGUUAAAGGUGCUUGGGGUUUGUGUUCCAGAUAUUGUGGUUAUGAUUCUUAAUUUUGGCUGAGUGUGGUGGGAGUUAAAGUCUGUGGCAUAUCAAUGACUAGUUCACUCUAACCCUGCUGUAAUGACUUCUAGUAAUCCUCUGUGUCAUAUUAUUGCACUUGGUAUUGUGGAGCUGGGAUGUCUCGCUCAUUCACGUAAAGUGUUUCUAUCAUCAGGCAUGACGACGAAAGCAAUAGCAUGCUACAGCAGAUGAUUUUUUUUCUAUUUUUGCAUAUUAUGUUAAUUCUGUGCGUAAACCUGAUCUCUGGAAAGCUGUUCAGUUACAUGUUUCAGUUCAUGGGCCUAUCUUUAUGACAGAGAAAUACUACAAUUCCCCCGGGGUCUGUCUCACUGGCAGGAAAAGAUACAUUUAGGGUGCAUUGGAAUGGGCUAAUGUCACACUUUGUGUACUCUGUCUGAUAGGGGGGUGGUGGGUUCCCCAGUUAGCACGGUGGUUACAAUGCAUCAGUACUCUGUAUAUUAUACAUUAUGAUGCAUUGUUAUGAUGUGCAGAUACAAAGUAUUUUUUCUAUAGUGUAGUUACUUUUACUAAUCUGCAAGCUGUUUAACAAGGGAAUGUUGAGAGUAUAAUAAAUGUCACACACUGCAAUAUCCAUAUUUAAAUGUAAUAUGUUAAUUACACCCGCCAGGUGUGGACACUAUUAGCAUCAUCAGUGGAGUAAGAUAUCCGUAACCUUCAAGUUGUGUUUAACAUUUUAUGAUUGAGUAAAUCUCAGGUCCAUCCCAGUUUUGAUUUAGUAAUAUUAUUUUCUUACUUCAGCGUUACUGUGAAGUUUGGAUUGCGAUUACCUUAAAAACGGUAUUGCUGAUCUGGCUGAAAAUCAGAAGAUUUUAUUGAUUGGUUACCUAAGUUAUACUGCCCCGUGGGAGUCAAGGGAUGGAUUUGUGCAAAAGAAAAUCAUCUACCCUAUUGUAAUUUCAUUUUGUGCCAUAAUCUUCUGAAUUGUGCCAAAUAAAAAUUUAAACAGAUCAAACAGAUUCUUAUUUUGCAGUAGUGGCUGUUACCUAUUGCCAUAAGAGAAAUUACUUCUAUUUGAUCAAUUUAUAUUAAGAAAACAUUUGCAUUUUAAAAUAUAUUUUUAUCCACUUUUAUUUAUUGAUUUCCCCCCAAAACUGUAUGACCAAUCCAGUGUUACUUGCAAGAAUGGUGCUCGGUACUGUAAGAACUAUGUGUAUUUGAACACAAGAGAUAGUUGAUAAAGGGAAAGACUUUGUAGAACAUGAUAUUGAAGCAGGGACAUUGAAUCAAAAUAAUAGGAUGCAGGAGGUGAAAAUGGUAAAGAACAGACAUUAAUCAAAUAUUAUGAAGUCCUGUUAUAGGUGGAGGACAUGAGGUUAUAAUGGAGAGGACAUGAGGUUACAAGGAGAGAAUAAUGGGACUAACACAACAUAGCAGUGCAAAAUGUGUGAAAAAGCUUCAAGGUCCAGAACUUUAUCCAAAUCCCACCAUGUAAGUGCUGGGUUCUGCCCUGGAAGGUGUGCAUCAUGUCCUCAAAGCUUCUGAUAUUCCUGAACUUGGCAAAUCAGUCCACAAACAGGAAUAUGAAGAGAGGUCCCAUCAGGGCAGGAAAAGUACAGCGGUAGCUUGUAUAUUUUUUUGUGCUGCCAGUUUGUAACAUAAAAUACUAUUUUGUGCUAAUUUCCGUUUGUUUAUCUUGUUGUACUUUUUUUGCUGCCUCUCAACAGGGUUCAGGUUUACACCAUGAGAUGGGCAGCAAAAAUGAAGUGAAACAAAAGAUCAGUAAAGAGGAGAAGAAGCUCAUGAAAAAACAAGCAAAAGUUAAGCAUAUAUUGUUGAAACAUGAAGGAGUGGAAACUGUUUCACAUCCAUCAAAGGUGACUCAAUGCUUAUAAGUGUUUGGCUAAAUACAUCCGUACAUAAGAAUAUGGUGACGGUAUCCUGUUAUAAGUUAAUUUCUUACAAUCAAAAUGGAUUUCCUUCCAAAAACACAUAUAGAGAGAAUGUGCACUAAUGCAUUCUGAUUGUGUAUUCUCUGUAUCCACAUUGUCAUCACUUUACAAAGAAAAUACACACCGUCAAUUGGCUGUCAACUCAACUCUCAACUGACAUAAACAGGGUCUCUUCGUAAAUACCUUUAAAAUAGUUUGAUUUCAUUCGUAGGGAAGUAUAUUGCAUAUUUGAAUGCACUUUGCAACAUGAACAUUCAUUCACUUCUGUAAUUGGGGUAUCGCUAGUCUUUCCACAAUAUUAAUAUUCUUCUUAAAUCGCCAAAGAUAGUGACAAAGACUUAGGGGAUGAAGAAUGAAACCGUCAAAACUGGAAACAGAGAAUUCUCACGGGACAUCUAGACAAACAAUUCCACACACACUAGCACUUCCAAUAAAGUGUAACAUAGCUGUAUGAGUUAUUUAUGGCAUUCAUUCUGUGUCACCUUUUCUCCAUUCAGAGUCUAGUGAUUGCUAAUGGAGGACUUGGGAAUGGAGUAGGCAGACAUCGGCUGCUCACUGUGCUGGAACAAUGUGGAAAAGUGGAGUCUCUAGUAAUGCCCCCAAACAAACCCUAUUCCUUUGUCACGUACACUUCUACAGACGAGGCUGUGAAUGCAUACAGUUCACUGAGCGGUCAUGAAAUCUCAUCCAAUGAGUGGGAACAGAAAAUAACUCUGUACUUCAGCUUUGUCGACAAAGGUAAGCAAUUGCAGAGGGUGGUCUAAAAAGCUUUCUUCUAUCAAUCUCAGGUUUUUAGAGCGGGGGUGAACAGAAGGUAAUUGUUUUGAAACUACAACGUCCAUGAUGCUUUGUCAUUCAAAAGACAUUCAAAGGAACAUGGGAGUUGAAGUUCUACAACAUCUGGGGAACUACCUUUUGGGCACCUUUGGUUUAGAGGUAAUUGCAGUAAAUGCAAAUGUUUUAGGUAAAUGGUAACCAAACCAUAGAUCCCCGUCAGUUGAAAAACUGCAGCUCCCAUGAUGCUUGGACAGCCAUGACAUAGUGGAGAUGUAUAUCUGCAACUGCUGGGCGUUUAAAUUUGAACUGUUCCUACUGUAGGCAAACUAACCAUGCAACAGUCAAUUUCUGGAUACUAUUGAUAGAUUUCCCAAACAUCUGAUUAUUGAAGCCUCCAUGUACCAAAUUGAGCAACUAAUUCUUAAAAUUACAUUUGCCGCAAUACAUAUGGUAUAUAGUAAGCCCAAGUAAGUGUGCCAUUCUGUGAAUUUUUAACAAAGCUGUGAAUAUCCGAAACAAGGCUUAAACCUGUACAAUAAAGCCAAAAACAUACAGACCUUGAUCUAAACCCAGCGGAAGGAAUUUCAAAGGAAUACUUGUUUUUAAAGGAAGAGAAUAAUUCUUAUUUUUUUAACAUUAACUUCCUGUGUUGCUUACUAACUGGAAGAUGAAAGAUAUCCCUUACAGAAGAUACAUUCUGUGACCUGUGCGUCCAAAAUGUCUUUCUCCUCUUUAGUGAGGAUUGCACACAAAGGGUUAAGGCUGAUAGUGCCAUUUUGUAGAAGACCCGGAGAGCCCAAUGUCCAUUGGUCAGUGGAAUAACUUUAGUAUCAUAAUGGAAAUAGUGGAAUAUUUUUAGCAAUUUGGGGCCACACAAAAAUAGCCACGUAAGGCUUGUGUGCCACAAGUUAGACAAUUUCUAUGAUUGCACUACUGAUCACAUUCAAUGGUGAAUUGCUUUAGACCAGUAACAAAGACUGGAUACCAGUGAUCGAAACCCUAAACUUGUACUUUUUGUCUUUUUUUUUUUUUUAACCUAUAGUUGAAUUGAAAGAGGUUUUACCCCCCGCAUUACCUCCAGGCUUGGUAAUUAUAGAAGAAUUUGUGACCUCGGAAGAAGAACUUGCAAUGUUAGAAGGAGUUGAUUGGACGUCUGAUAUUGCUAGUAAGUAUUUAGCAUGGCAUAAGAACUGCAAUGUAAUUAUAUAUUAAUAUGUUAGUAAUAGUCAUAUGAUACAUUAAUUAAUAGUCAUGUAAUGCUUUGCAUGCCAUACAGAAGAUGUACAUUUUAAAGCCAUGUUUUAAAAUGCUUUGACUAAACUGAGUGCUGCUUAAAGAAACACUAUAGUGUUAGGAAUACAAAUGUGUUUUUCUAACGCUAUAGUGCCCUGUUGGCUGUUUAGGUUACCAGCUAAAAGCCGCAGGGAGUAAAAUAAGUAUUUUAGUUCCCUUUAUCACUCAAUGUGUUGGUAUCAGCGGGGAUGCUCCACCUCCUUGGCUGAGAUUUUCAGAGUUGAUGAUCUAAUCCAAUCCAAUCAAAAGCAUAGAAAAACAGUAGGGAUACAAUGGCACAUGCGCUGCAAAAUGUGGAGUUGCGCUAAUCAGAUGCUCUAUGUCAUCUGAUAUAUGUUUAUUGAUCUAAAUUAAACUAAAGUGGCUCUGUCAUCCCCCUUCCAAUUCAAAAAAGAGUGUUCAGUAAAAGUUGCAUUGAAAUAUAGAAGUCUUAUAUUGUGACCCACUCAUUAGAUUUUAAAUUGGUACUUUCUUUUUUUUUUUUUUACCUAUAGAUUCUAUCUUUAUGAAAUAUAAAUUUUGGUGAGUGGGGUGACAGUGUCGCUUUAACUUAAGUAGUAUUUAACUUUAAAUAGUAUAUUUCAUUUAAAAUACUUUUCACAGAUCAGAAGUCUUUAAAACAUAGGCGAGUGAAGCAUUAUGGCUAUGAGUUCCGAUAUGACAACAACAACGUUGACAAAGACCAGCCCUUGCCUGGAGGUAAAGCUUAAUUUAAUGUUGGGUUAUUCUACUGAACUCAGUCAGUGGAGGUUUAAGGUGGGAAUAUCAUGUUACAUACUUACAUAGCUGAAAAGAGACUUGUGUCCAUCAAGUUCAGCCUUCCUCACAUAUGUUUUUGCUGUUGAUCCAAAAGAAGGCAAAGAGCCCAGUCUGAAGCGCUUGCAAUUUUGCAACUAACUAGGAUAAAAUUCCUUCUUGACCCCAAAAUGGCAGUCAGAUUAAUCCUUGGAUCAAGCAGCUAUUACCCCACUAAUUAGAAAUUAUAUCGCUGUAUGUUAUGUUUUUGGAAGUAUUUAUCCAAUUGCUGUUUAAACAUCUGUAUGGACUCUGAUAAAACCAUUUCUUCAAGCAAAGAAUUCCAUAUCCUUAUAGUUCUUACUGUAAAAAAGCCUUUCCUUUGCCUUAGAUGAAAUCACCUUUCUUCCAGCCUAAAUGCGUGACCUUGUUUCCUUGGCGCCGUUUUUCCAGACUAAAGAGAUUUACAUUUUUUUUUAUUUUUUUUUUUUGAGAUUUGACAAUUUUUAUUUUUGAAAAAAUUAACACUGGGAAUAGGGAGGGUUACAGAAGGAAAGAAGGGGUGGGGGGGGCAGGGGAUAUAAUAUAAUGCAGCAUGUACAUAACCAACAGUUCAUGUGCUCAGAGACAAGGUUAGGUUGAGUGUUACAGAUAGCAAUGCAUUGUUACUCAGUAUUUUAUGCAUAGUAUAGUUUUCCUCGGUUCUGUCUGAAUUUAUCUACAGACUUUACACAUUAAUCUUUAAUCUUUUAUCCCUUCCUGUGCGGGAUUUACAAUCUGUGCGCUCUGACCUGCAGAGCGUGCCAAUCUCCAUGUGUUCCAAGUCUCCCAUGUUUUUUGGGUAGUUUUAUUAGGGGGCCACAGUCUACUGAAGCUUUGUUCGUACGUAGAGAGUUUAUCUAUUUCUGUCUCUAGGGUGCCUACUGAGGGAGCGUUUUGGGAUUUCCAUGCUCUUGCUAUCAACCAACAGUUCAUGUGCUCAGAGACAAGGUUAGUUGGUGUUACAGAUAGCAAUGCAUUGUUACUCAGUAUUUUAUGCAUAGUAUAGUUUUCCUCGGUUCUGUCUGAAUUUAUCUACAGACUUUACACAUUAAUCUUUAAUCUUUUAUCCCUUCCUGUGCGGGAUUUACAAUCUGUGCGCUCUGACCUGCAGAGCGUGCCAAUCUCCAUGUGUUCCAAGUCUCCCAUGUUUUUUGGGUAGUUUUAUUAGGGGGCCACAGUCUACUGAAGCUUUGUUCGUACGUAGAGAGUUUAUCUAUUUCUGUCUCUAGGGUGCCUACUGAGGGAGCGUUUUGGGAUUUCCAUGCUCUUGCUAUCAAUCUUUGGGCCGAUAAUAUGAUAUGGUACGUUAGUUUCAGCAGGUGCUUAGGGAGACUCUCCUGCAAGAGCAUGGUUAGGUAUGUGCUAGGGUGGAGGGAGAUUUACAUUUUUUAACCUUUCUUUGUAACUAAAAUGCUCCAUUCCUUUUUUUAAAAUCAAUUUUGUAGCUUGUCUCUGCACUUUUUCUAGUGCCAUGAUAUUCUUCUUUAGAACAGGUAUCCAAAAUUGCACAGCAUAUUCAAGGUGUGGUCUUACCAGCGAUUUAUAAAGAGACAAAAUUAUAUUUUCAUCCCGAGAAUUUAUGCCCCUAUUUAUACAUGACAAAACCUUACUGGCCUUAGCAACUGUAAGCAUCCCACGCAGCCUUGCUUUGCAAACUAUAGCACUCCCACUGAAAUCAUUGGAAGGACCAAUAUUCGCUGAGAUGUAUCAUCCUGACAUAUGUUUAUUUAUUUAUGUAUAUGCUUGCUUCUCCAUAAUGUAUUAAAAGUUGUAGCUCAGCUCCUGGCUGAAUUGUCCCUUUUAAUAAAGCUUAUACCAGCAAAGGUUCCUAAAAUAUACCUCACUUAACCCAAAAUUAAUGCAAUAAAGUGAGAUACUGCAGCAUAAAUAAACAUUGAUUUUAUGUGUGAUAUAUAAUUCUCUCCUAAUUGGUCUCUCCAGAAAUCGUACUGGCUCACUCCAGCCAAUAAUGAAUGCUGCUGCUAGGCUGCUUUUUCUCUCCUGUCCCUAUUCUCACACCUCACCCCUCUGUCAACCCUUACUUUGGCUUUCUGUGCACAUUAGUAUUCAAUUCAAAAUAUUAACCCUUACCUAUACAGCUCUAAACAACUCUACCCCUGCUACAUUUCUUCACUAGUUCAUAGGUACGCUCCUUCUAGGUCACACCCAUCUGCCAGUGACGUUCUCCUGGGGUUUGUAUCUCUGCUGCUAACUCACGCUUGCAGGCCUUCUCAUGGGUGGCUUUGAUCCUUUGCCUCCCCCAUUAGACUGUCCCCUAGUCUUUAAUCAACUAAAAAGUCCCUCAAAUCCCAUCUCUUCAAAAUAGAUAUUGACCUCCCAGGGUAACUAUUAUUUAUAAACGUAUCUCUCGCUCACUCUUAGAGGGCAACUCACCUUCCAAUUCUGCUACUCUGCCACCCUGUUGCUUGGUUGUAACAAACUAUUGUCACUGUGACAACUUUUAAUUGUCUAAUUUUUUUGUUAAAUUAUCCUCUGCCGAAUAAGCUGGCACAUUACAAAUACAAUUUAAUCUCACAUUCCAAAGCGGGCUUGAUAUAUCCAUGCAAGAGUUUAUUCUUUAACCCCUUAAGGACCAAACUUCUGGAAUAAAAGGGAAUCAUGAAAUGCCACACAUGUCAUGUGUCCUUAAGGGGUUAAUCUCAAAACUGUAAUAAGCCGAAUCGUUGUCAAACAGUUCCUUAUCUUACAGCACUAAUAUGGAUACACAGGGAGCUAGACAAAUAAAAAGCAAAUACUAAUAGUGUUCAUUGUUAUCCUAUGUAAAAAAACAUCCACGGAGGGCACUCACAUGACAUAGAGCCAACUUGGCUCUUGACUCAGUAGAACCUCCCAACUUUCUUAUUUGGCAAUCUGUUACAAAGUUUGACUUCAAAUCAUCAUUCAAUAGUCUGCCUAGAAGCAUCGAUAGUAAAGGUUUUAUUGGUAAAACUCACGUUUUCUUUUUUUGUUUUCUAGUUCACUGUGUAUCCACAUUAGUGAUGUCAGAUAAGUAUCUGUUCUUUGUAACCCUAUCAAGAGCUCCACCUUUUUGUGAUUUGUGUGCAUGAAUGUGUGUGCUGAUUAAAGAUUUUCUCUAAAUUUGCAAUUGUUUUCCCUCUCUCUCUCUUCUUGGGAAAUAGAUUGUUCCAGUUUGACUAAUUUUGUGUAACAUGAAAUUCCCUGAUUAUCACCCAAUUCUGUGCAUAUGCUCAUUGGUGUUGGUGCCAUCAACAGUAAUUUCCACUUGCCUAAUUCAGGCUUUUAUCACAUGAAAAUGCUUCUGUAUAAAAGUGCUGUGCCUAUGACCGCAUGAUAAUUUCUUUAAAAAAAACCAAAAACUUUUUCAGCACCAAUUUAUUUAUUUAAAAUGUUUUUUGACAAUCUUGUUGUGGUGGACCACCUGACUGCCUCCGCCAGUCGCUGCUUCCUAGCAACACUGAGUACCUUCAAGCACUCCACCAGACACCAUAACCACUGUAGACCCCACAGCCAACGUUACAGCUUGGUUGGGGUCUCGUUGUCCUCCACCCACCCAAGACCAGGAUCCAGCUUCCAGUGGGUAGACCUCUCCUAGUCUAGAGAGUAAAGCAGCAAGUGUUGUAAUCCAAGGGAGUAGAGUGAUUAUAGCAAUCCCCAGAGUGAGACAAGGCUCUAUGUUGAAGGACACAAAUGAGACAAGGCUCUAUGUUGAAGGACCACUCUAGGCACCCAGACCACUUCAGCUUAAUGAAGUGGUCUGGGUGCCAGGUCCCUCUAGGAUUAACCCUUUUUUUAAAUAAACAUAGCAGUUUCAGAGAAACUGCUAUGGUUAUAAAUGGGUUAAUCCAGCCUCUAAAGCCUCAAGUGGCUGUCUCAUUGACAGCUGCUAGAGGCGUUUGCGUGCUUCUCACUGUGAAAAUCACAGUGAGAAGAUGCCAGCGUCCAUAGGAAAGCAUUAUGAAUGCUUUCCUAUGAGAACGGCUGAAUGCGUGCGCAGCUCCUGUCACGCAUGCGCAUUCAGCCGAAGAGGAGGAGAGGAGGCGGAGAGCACCCCGCCCAGCGCUGGGGAAAGGUGAGUGUUUAACCCUUUCCUCUCCCCAGAGCUCGGUGGGAGGGGGACCCUGAGGGCACUAUAGUGCCAGGAAAACGAGUAUGUUUUCCUGCCACUAUAGUGGUCCUUUGAGGGUGAAGAGGAACUGCUUUAUUGUUAGCCACAAUUGGCCUUAUAUGCAAGGGAUUUUACAUGACAUAUUCCAGGGGCAUUCCCCACUGGACCUGAGAGGGGACACACUGUGAUGACAUUGGUUUUCAGGUCCAGGACACUCCCACACGAAAUAGGAUAAUCCCUCCCCUGUGCCUGAGAGAUAAUGAGAUAAUUGAAUCAGGAACUAUACUAAACACAAUUAUCUCCAGGCACUGAAAACAUAAAUUUUACAAUAUCCCAAAGGUACCCUCAAAACACAUGGAAACCCGACAAAAGCCACAACCCCUGAUAACACUGAUCUGGGGGACCAACAUAUCCCCAAAAAUCACCCAGAUCGGUUCGGGAUUUCCAUGGAAAUCAUAGUUUUGACCGACCGUGCACAUGGUCCUAUGCCCAAAACAGUUCCAGGGAGUUAGGGCUAAUGGUCGGUGUGACGAAGUGCCCUUCGCCACUUGGUACUGGAGAGGCCUGCUUGCCAGCCUCCUCCUCUGUGACUAUGACUCUUUGAUGUAUUUGCCUUUAAAGCCCCUAUUCUACCUUCAGACAGACUAUUUAUGCAGGCUGCUUCAUUUAUCUUAUGUUUUAUUCACCCUGUACCCAUUAUAGGUGCAGGGUAUGUGUAAUGUAAUUGUUUAUAGUGUGUGUGUGUACUGUGAAAUGUAUUGCCUUCUCUCUUGUAUUGCUGAGGUUUGCUACCAACUAGGUGGGUUUGGCUAUGGAGCUUGUCUAGUGCCCUCUGUUGGUAGCAACAGCAAUAUGCACUACCUGAAUUGCAAGACUGGUUCAUUUGCAUAUUCGGGUAGAUUUGCAUAUUGCUAAUUCUGCAGGCAGGUGAGAUAUUUACUGUUAAAUAUUGUCUCCCCCCACCCCUUUAAAAAUGUGCCAUUGUGUUGUGAUAAGUCACUGUGUGUUUCUUGAUAUGGUUUGACUGUUUGUGAUUUUAUUGAGGUUUCACAACAAUGUUAUUGUGGUGACUGUAUUGGCUGGUCCCAAGGGAAUAAAGGUUUUGACAGUUCUUCUUGAUCCCUCUAAAUGUAGCCUUGUCUCGUUAUUGGAGGGAGCUGUUAUAAUCACACUGGGGAUUGCUAUGCUCUGCAUGCUCCCCUGAGCUUGAGUCACUUAGCUCUUUUAAGAGCUUGUUCCUGACACGCUCUCCUUGGAGGAGGGGUCUUCACUACACAGUCCUGGAGGACAGAAGCUGAUCCAGGGUGGAAGGAAGAUGGCGAGACUCCAGUCAAGAUACGGCGGUUGCGGAGUCUGCGGUGGCUGUGGUGUCUGCUGCAGUGCUUGGGAGUCCUCAGGAAGCGCUAGGAGCAUCCGUCAACGGAGGGUACUCAGUUGGAGUACAAGGAGCUCCGUUACAUUGGUGGCAGCGGUGGGAUGGCGUCCUAGUGUGAGGAGAAGCCGCUCGGAGAAACUGGUAUCGUAUGAGAGGUUAUUGAGGGCAACGCUAGCCACUAUGCAGCGUCCCUAACUACAGCAGUUUGGAGCAGGGAUGGAUAGAGCCCUGCGAAGAGCAGCUCAACAGGAUACGUCGCUACGAGGACGACGCUUACAUUGAGGAGGUAAAGAGGCGGUUGGUCUGCUAUGGCCCAGACCUUUCGAACGAGGUGGUCCACCAAGUAAUGCGCCAGUUGAGUGCUGAGAACAGUGCGGCAAUGGCCUUUGAGCGACAACUGUGGAGGUUGAGGAUAUGGACACCUAGUCUCCAGCGGCAGUGCGAAUUCCAGGGGGCCGAAGGUGUCGUCCUUCCUCCCCAGCAGCAGUGUGUCCUACAGGGAGCAGAGACAGUUGGUCUCUCUCUCCAGCAGCAGGACAAUGUUAUGGGAGUGGAGACAGGCGGUCUCCCUCUCCAGCGGCAGCCUGUGUUUCAGGGAGAGGAGCACAGCACCCUAUCUCCCCAGCGGCAGCUUACCCUACCAAGGGCAGACACCAAUCUCCCAGAUGGCGCAGAGGGGACCGUGGUCUCUGUGCCCGACCUACAGGGAUGCUGGACAGCCUGUCCAGAUCCCCAACUACCCUCACAGGGACAACAGGAGGAGGGGGUAAGUACGAAUUCCCCUCCCCAGCUAACUCCUAACUUGGCCCCAGGGUUAACAGGGGAGAUGUUAACCCCCACUGACCCCCACGUUCCCCUGGCUACUGAGCCGGACUAUGUCCCAAGCCCCCCAGCGGAAGAGCUGGCAGCUGGGCAGAGUGCAGUCGGCCUCUGCCCUCCCUUUGUCCCUUGUCCAGAGCCUGAUGUCCUGCAGGCUAUACCAGCAGAAGAGCUGGCAUCAGGGCAGACCGCCGCUGGCCUCUGCCCUACCGAUCCCCUUGUCACAGGACUGGCCUGCACCCCCCUCCUCCCAGCAGAAGCGCUGGCAUCAGGGCAGAGCGCCGCUGGCCUCUGCCCCUCAAGUCCCCACAGCGUGUUGCCCCAUCACCCCAGAGGAAUACCCAGGUGCAGUCACUGUUUGCUGUGGGUGGGCUGCUCUAAUAACUGUUUGUUGUGGGUGGGCUACUCUGGCACUUGCUUAUGGUCGGUGGGUGAAUCGACUAACUUAGGCACUGACCGACAGAAAGUCAGGUGCCUGGUUAGUCUUCCCCCCGAAGGGGAGAUAUGUGACGAAGUGCCCUUCGCCACUUGGUACUGGAGAGGCCUGCUUGCCAGCCUCCUCCCCUGUGACUAUGACUCUUUGAUGUAUUUGCCUUUAAAGCCCCUAUUCUACCUUCAGACAGACUAUUUAUGUAGGCUGCUUCAUUUAUCUUAUGUUUUAGUCACCCUGUACCCAUUAUAGGUGCAGGGUGUGUGUAAUGUAAUUGUUUAUAGUGUGUGUGUGUACUGUGAAAUGUAUUGCCUUCUCUCUUGUAUUGCUGAGGUUUGCUACCAACUAGUUGGGUUUGGCUAUGGAGCUUGUCUAGUGCCCUCUGUUGGUAGCAACAGCAAUAUGCACUACCUGAAUUACAAGACUGGUUCAUUUGCAUAUUCGGGUAGAUUUGCAUAUUGCUAAUUCUGCAGGCAGGUGAGAUAUUUACUGUUAAAUAUUGUCUCCCCCCACCCCUUUAAAAAUGUGCCAUUGUGUUGUGAUAAGUCACUGUGUGUUUCUUGAUAUGGUUUGACUGUUUGUGAUUUUAUUGAGGUUUCACAACAAUGUUAUUGUGGUGACUGUAUUGGCUGGUCCCAAGGGAAUAAAGGUUUUGACAGUUCUUCUUGAUCCCUCUAAAUGUAGCCUUGUCUCGUUAUUGGAGGGAGCUGUUAUAAUCACACUGGGGAUUGCUAUGCUCUGCAUGCUCCCCUGAGCUUGAGUCACUUAGCUCUUUUAAGAGCUUGUUCCUGACACGCUCUCCUUGGAGGAGGGGUCUUCACCACACAGUCCUGGAGGACAGAAGCUGAUCCAGGGUGGAAGGAAGACGGCGAGACUCCAGUCAAGAUACGGCGGUUGCGGAGUCUGCGGUGGCUGUGGUGUCUGCUGCAGUGCUUGGGAGUCCUCAGGAAGCGCUAGGAGCAUCCGUCAACGGAGGGUACUCAGUCGGAGUACAAGGAGCUCCGUUACAGUCGGUCUCUCUUUCUGGAGUACAAAAAAGCAUAAAUCACAUAAGUUUUUAAAGGGCCCAUAGUCUUUUGGCAAGAGGCUGGCCAGCAGGCCCUUCCAAGAACCUGUGGCGAGGUUACUUUCACCACACUUGUUUUUAUAGAAACAUUUUGCUUUUGCAAUACAACAAGUUCACACAGGGUAUAGAUAAGUGCAGGUAUUGUAAGAACAGCAAUUAGUGUUACAGUAACAUAUGUGGAUCCAAAUACAAGUUGUACAUAUGAAAUAACGAGUUCCAGAACUACAAGCAUGCCAAUCGCUCAACUUUAAAUUCUAAGUAGGACAUACAUGGCUUCUAGGCUUAUGUAGACCGCUUGUUUAGCUUCCCAUUCCGCCUGCCGGAAGAAAGAUCAGAGCCAUGGGGCCCAGGUCUGGGUGCAUUUUUAUAGGCGGCCCUGUAGAGUUGCAGUCAAGGAUUCCAUAGUAUAAAUCUCGCUCAGCACCAAUUUAAUUACAGAGAUGUUUUCAUUUAUGUCACAAAUUGUCUUUCUCAGUUAUUUUGUUCUGUAUUUCUUUCCUUUUCUGUAAUCGUUCAUACUUUCCUCCUAUGUUUACACAGGUCUUCCCGGUUUCUGCACAUCUGUAGUGGAGAGAUGUUUGCAACAAGGACUAAUAAAACACAAGCCUGAUCAGCUGACUGUUAAUCAGUAUGAACCAGGCCAAGGUGAGACACCAGGAAUUGUGUGUGCGUGUGGAUAAUAUAUAAAUGUAUGUGUGUGUCCCCUGCCCACAAUCCCAGACAUGCACACGAGGAUAUGCUCCCUACACUAUACAUUCUCAGCUACACAUAUGCAUUCGCAAACAAACAAACAAACAAACUGAGAGACAUACAUUGCCAGACACACAAAGAUUCACACACAGAUAUACACUACUUGACACACACGUCCAGUAAAGCAAUGCCAUACUCACAAUUACACAUUUCCAGAAACACAUAAUUCUCACUAGAGUGAGGAUGGCCUGGAAUUCAAAUAAAACGUAAGGCCAAAUAGCUGAACUGGAAACUGUAUUGACUUGGAGAAAAUUUCUAAUUUAUAUACUGUGUUUUGUUGUAAAUUUUGAAAUUCAGUUUGAGUUCCCAGCGAUUGUUACUUCAGUGACUAACCCUGAUAAAGACACAUGCAGUUUCCAUAUCUUUUGAGUGCCGGAGGGAACCUUCUCUGGAGUCCCGUGGGAAUUGGCUGCUGUCAGUCCCUCUCCUUUGCUUGGCUCUGUGUGCCUGGGAGGAAGUGAAUUGAUAUCACAUUCUCCCUGCAUUGAUUUCAGAAGGACCUGCCUCUGUUCAGGGGUCCACUGCUAUAACUGGUGCACUGUUAAGUACAGUCCUGUUUGGGGUAAUAUUUUUUUAUGUUCCCAACAGAACCACAUAGCGUUAAAGAAUACACUGCAUUUUCCAGUGCUUGACCAGGCCCCUAAAUACAGUAUGCCAUGAUCAGGGUCCUGCAUGUGUCUAUAUACAUAUAUUUGAAGGUCCUACUUGCGAUAUGUAGAUGUUAUGCAACAGUAACCUAUGUCUUUGGAUCAACCAUUGGGAAUUUUGACCAUGUUUUGCCCUUCGCCACAUUCUGUGGUCGAGAAGGAAUUUUUUCCUAUUUUGUUGCAAAAUUGGAAUGCACUUCAAACAGGUUUUCAGCCUAUGUAACUAUGUAAAACUUGGCUAUAUGCUCACAGCACCAAGCUCCAAAGACUAAAAUGUUACAGUCCAUGGUUGGUUUCUGUUUUUUUUUUUUUUUUUUUAUAAUAUAUAUUUAGGAUAACCACCCUGCUUUGGUUUAAAAGCUGUGAUUAAUAUACUGCUCCAAUGGUAAGGCUACCAACAAAUAUGCAGGAUGACGUCUGAAACAUGAUGCCUGUCUGCGCUCGUUUCCUUGUUGUGCGUGAAUAACGAAAUCGUAUUUUCUCUGAACUGCAGUGCCUAAGACUGCGUUUUUCUCCAAGAUCUGACUUGAAGAAUGUAGAUGAUUUGCAACAGUAAACCAUAAAUUUGAUUGAAUCAGUUGGGAGUUUUAUUCGUUUUCUGUUUUUGUUUUUUCUCACCACAGAUUUUUUUUUUUUUUUUUUAAUACAUACUCAUGUUGGUUGAAUAGAGUAAGUAGCUGGGAGGGUUAUUUCUGAGAUUUGAAUGCUGACCCCCAAAUUUAGGUGUUUCCUUUCCAGCAGGGACGUACAAGAAAAAUAAAAAAUGGAAUAGCUAUUAAUCGCUCCAGUGUAGAGUUAGUGAUUCUCCAUUUACAGAUGUUUAGCAAGAUUACGUCUUUCCCCUCCAAGCAAUAUAAGCAUGAGUGUCUCUAGCACCUCUCAAUACAUCAAUUUUGAGUGCCUUUACCUUUAGUUAGCUACACAGGUAUAACAAUGUGCUAUAAAUCAGUGUUUUAAGUGGCCUUUAUUCAAGACACUGUAUCUAGUUCAACCCCUUUAGCUGCCUGUAGUUACUAGUUUAUAUCUUAUCGAUACGUAGGUUACAUUUCCUUUCUGAUACUCUGCUCAUACUUUUAUACUAAUAGUUGUGUAGCUUUUACCAUUGACCAGACAAGGGAGUUCUUAAUUUAGAACACUUUUGGAAUCCUUUUGAUUGUAAUAAAGCUACAUGCCCUGGAUACUGCUGGUACUAUUUAACCGACUAGCUACUUCAGUCCCAAUAUAGGGCAGAAUACUGGCAAUGCCUAUAUAGUUCAUUUACUUUUAGUAAUAAUAAUAAAAAAAUUAAAUUCAAAUGCAAGUAGAAAUAGAAAAAGGUUUAUAAUAGGUUGUAUAAAUAACAUGAGGAGCUGUUACUGUCAAUGAUUUUUUAUAUUAUGUUUACUUAUUCCUAUAUUUAAGAAAUAUUUUUUGUGAAGUGGGAAAGUUAAAAUUAAACGUUGAAAUCUGCACUUUUUUUUUAAUCUAACAACUGGCUUCCCCAUCUUGUUUCCUUGUCAGUCAUGGUUAUAAGCUUUUCAUUUGCACUUGGCAGUCAUCAAACAGCAUACAGGGAAGAGGAGGUUCUGCCUGGAUUUAAGUGGAUUGUAAUGUAAUUUGUUAAAUAUAAUUUUAAAGGAGACACAGUAUCAUAUAAAAAAGGGUUAACACUAGCUAUAGCUAUAUUUUAUUCAGUGGUGUAAUUUUCAGAGAACAGGUGGUUCCCCUUCAGUCUCCCAAUUCUGGCCAUAUUUUUCCUAAAUUUGCUUUUGACAUUUUUUUUUUUUCUUUUUCAUUUCAUAGGAAUCCCUCCACAUAUUGAUACACAUUCUGCUUUUGAAGAUGAAAUAAUCUCAAUCAGUUUGGGAUCAGAGGUGAGAGAAACCUAUUCGAUUCAGUAAAAAUGUUUAAAGGGAUACUGUUUGACACACAACUUGGGAAUGGUUCAAGAGUCAUGCUGGCACUAUAAAGUUCUCUUUAAAUAUUAGUGGCUGAAAUGUAGAUACUAAUGAAACCCUGUCCUUGUGAUGAAAAUGAAACUAUUGCAAAAAGUUCUUUCACAAAAAAUUUGAAAAUUAUGAUGCAGUUAAAAGACCACUCCACACCCAUAGAGCAGUGAAGUGCUUUAUAUUUUAUUAUUUAUUAAUGAAACACUCCAGCACGGAUGAAGCAGACUAUGGAUUUAGACUGUAUCAUAGUAUCACAACAGGUAAGAGUAAUGGUUGGAAGUAUUGCCCCACAGCAUUUAAAGAGCUGGGAAUGGUUGGGAGUUAUAGUAGAGUUGGGAUGUGGGAAGCCUGGAGGGGAAUGGUUGGGAAGACUGCUCACAAAAGGUAAUGGCAGUGAUUGAAAAGGUAUAUCACAGGAGGGAACAAGCAGGGCAGUGAUUGACAAGACGUGUUACGGGAGGGAAUGUGCAAGGCAGUGAUUGAGAAGACUUUUCACAGAAGGGAAUAGGAAGAGCAGUGACUGAGACGUAUCACAGGAGGGAAUGGGAAGGGCAAUAAUUGAGAAGACAUUUCACGGGAGGGAAUGAAGAGGCCAAUAAUUGAGAAGUGUUCCUAAGCAUUAGCUUCUUCCUUACCUGCAGUAAUGCUCCUUUUAAACAUACACAGUAUAUGUUCUAAUAUAUAUGUAUCAUGGAAGGGAAUGGGUGAGACCUAUCACUGUAUGGAAGGUCCGUGAUUAAGAAGAACCAGCACUGGAAGGAAUAGGAAGGUCAGUGAUUAAGAAGAACCAUCACUGGAAGGAAUGGGAAGGGCUAUGAUUGAGAAGAUGUCUCACAUGAUGGAAUGGAGAGGGCAAUGAUUGCAAACAUGUAUCACAGGAUGGAAUGGAGAGGUGAUGAUUGAGAAUGAGUAUUAAAGGAGGGAAUGGGCAAGGCAGUGGUUGGGAAAGUGUUUCACAGAUGGGUACGGUUGGGCAAUGAUUGAGAAGUAUUUCACAAGAGAGAACCAAGAGGGCAGUGAUUGUUAAGACAUAUCACAGGAGAGAACAGGCAGGGCAAUGAAUAAGAAGACAUAUCACAGGAGUGGAUGGGCAGGACAGUGAUUGAAAGACGUAUCACAGGAUGGUAUGGUAAGGCAAUGUUUGAGAAGACGUAUUAUAGAAGGGAAAGAACGGGCAAGGCAAUGGUUGGGAGAGCAUUUCACAGCACGGAAGGGGUGAGAUAAUGCACUAUAGGAUACUCUGGGCAUUACAUUUUCUAGUUGCCAUGGUGACCAAGUACCUGAUGUAUUUUGAGCUUUUUCAUACACAAGCAAAUUAUUACAAUGUAAUGAAUCUAGCACAUUUCAACAAAUCCUUUCAUAACGUAGCUUGUGUUACGGGUAACUCAGUGUUUAAUUAAAAGAAAGAAAGAGGGGAAAAAAAUGAACCAGGAAAUAAAUGGAUUCAUAAGUCACUUGAGAGAACGCUAUGAAUAAUUUACCAAAUUAAUUUGGCUUGUAUUUAAGCUAAGCAAUUUGUUGUUUUAAUAUUUAUUUAUUUUUUUGCUGCUACUGUUUUUUGGAGAACAUAAUAAGAAUUUAAUCAGUAAUAAGAUUUUCUCCGCACCAUACUUUUUUUUUCAUUAAAAUUCGGCUUGAAGUUAAGAUCAGUUUUUAUGCCCCAGUAACUGCACUGUUUACUUCCAACGUUCAAAUUAGAAUUAAUACUGACUGCCAACUCAUUUAAAUAUUUGGGUAGACUAUACCAUAAAAAAGCACGGCACAUAAGUAUAAUUUUUCCACGAUGAUUAGAAUAAUUAAUGUUUAUCUGAAGAAAAUACAAUUUGCCGGAUGUAUCAAAGCAAAACUGAUAUUGGAAACCUGGUAAGUGCCUAUCAGCAUUUAUUGACCUCAUAAUUGCACCUGCUUUGCUUUGGUGAAUAUGGCCCUAUAAUUGCAAUUGUUUAUUAAGUGUUCUUGCAUAGCAAGACCACUUAAUAUUAUCUCACAUAUAUAUUAUUAUUCUUAUAGCCAAGUUUACCACCCCAAACCCCUCCCACAAUUUGUACACUACAUAGACAGUAAUAUACCGAAAUUUGUUCCCGAUUGGUGUGCUAUUACUUUGUGGAAUGUUUCGCCGAAUGGUUCAUGAAAUAUAGUCGUUUUUGUGGCGAAAUUGGUUCCCGUAGGAAUGAAUGGCAAAAUGUUGAAAACUAGAGUGGGAGCUGACAAAAGCUGAAACAUCAAGCCCACCUACACAAAUCUUAUGUCAAAACGUUCAGCUAUCCCUGCUGCCACUAAACAUGUCCAUGGCUAAGCCAUAGUCCUGAUAGUUUUCACAAUAUGACCGUUUGUUUGCAACUCACGCCGUCCAUUGACAUUCAUUGAAACUCCACUCUAGCCACCUCAAAUUUGAAGGGCAAUUUCUAAACUGCGACUGUGCCUUCGUUUUUAAUAUUUCAGAGACAUACUAUGCAUCAAAAUGUAGGUCUGGGUCUUGUGAUUCUCACAAUAUAAAGCUCUUCGCUGGAGGAUUUAUAAAAUACGACCGUUUGAAGACGGCAACCGCCGGUGAAGUGAGCAAUUUGGAGCAGUUUGUUUUUAACCGCUCUUCUCUGCCCUAUUUGAAAUCUAUUAUUUCCUGUUGGCAGUUUGUGGAAUGUUCGAGGGAUUUGAAAGAUUUGAAAGCUCUUCUCUGCCCUUGCUGUAGAGUGAGUGAAUCACACUCCAACCUUUCCACAGUUACUCCAGCCACUCCAACCACACAACAGUUACUCAAGCCAUUCCACCCAGUUACUCCGCCCACUCCAGUUGUAGAUUACUGGUGGAGGCAAGAACACUUCACACAAUUUCCCCAGAAAUUGUAGCUUUUCUAGUUUACAUUAAUCAUCAGAGAAUUAUUGACCCUUAAAAAUAUAUAUAUAUUUUAACACUGUGUUUAUGCUAUUAUAUUGUAUCAAUUCUAUUAUUAUUAUUUAGUAUCCUGAUAAUUUUUCUCCUUACCUUUAUAAUGUUAGUCGGCUAAGGUCAGCCUACAGUCGAAUUACACCAAGUAAGCUGCAAAAAAAGGAGGAUGGUUUAAACACUGGACAUUUGUUAAAUCAUUAUGACUUGCCCGUCUGAAUCUCAAUGUGUACCUGCCGUGGUACAUGUAAAUUAAAGGGACACUAUAGUCACCAGAACAGAACAACUACGAUAUGCUGUGGUUGAAGAGUAGAAUCUUACAGAGAAAAUGCAGUGUUUACAUUACACCUAGGGAUACCUCCACGGGGCCCUCCUUAGAUGGCUACUAGUGGAGCUUCCUGGUGCAGUGCUGCACAGUGUAACUGACAUUCAGGGUCUCCAUCCUUUGCAUGCAGACACUGAACUUUCCACAUAGAGUGGCCAGAACUGUGUCUGGCUUGUGCUGGCUCUGCCCCUAAUCUGCCUCCUUGACCAUCUCAGCCGAUUCUUUGGGAAAGCAUUGUGAUUGGCUCUGACCACCACUUCUGAUGAUGUCAGCAGGCAGAUCAGGGGCAGAGCCAACAGCUGCAAACUUGAAUACAAGUAAGAUUUUACUAUAUUUAGUUAGCCAUGGGGGGUUAGAUGGUGAUUUGAACACUAUAGGAAUACAUGCUUGUGUUCUUGACCCUAUAGUGUUCCUUUAAGUACCAUGAUGUUUAAUAUGUACAUCAUGCUAGCAGAAUUGCUAGAACAUGGAUAUAUUUUUCUUUUACCCGAUUUAAAAUUUUGGUUUCUUCUCCACCUGUAAAUCAUCUUUUAGCCAAAGUCAUUAUAGAUCUCUAUGCCAAAAAUUGAGUGACAGGGGACAGCAGGUGAGUAUUGCUGCCAAUAUUCUUGGUGAACACACAUUGUGUUUGCUACAGGAUAAAGGAAUGAUGUUAUAGAUUUCACUUGGUUCUGAAUCACAGACUAGAAACACUCUUUAAUCUGGUGUAUCUUUUACACUCGACCAAGCCAACUUUGAGACGUUGGGCUUUGGUGCAGCCAGAGGGCGGGAUCAGCAAUAUAGCCUAUAGAAGAUGUUUGGAUAAUGUUUUCUUAUACUUAGAAAUUGAUAAUUUAGUAUGGCUUAGGAACAUAUCUGCAGGGUGAAAUUUCACUUCCUCAUCAGCAGCUCUUGUCAAAACAUCAUACAUUUUCUUAUAGAAAGGAGACAGAACUGAACAUUCCCAGAAUAUGUGCAGCAAGGUUCUGGACAGCCCCUUCAACUCCAGUAUUGAUCCAUCACCCCAUUAAAGAAUCUAUACAAUUUUUGCACAGUGUUAUACCAAUUCAUAAUUAUUUUAUAAUUCAUUUCUUGAGUCUUCGAGCAUUGAGAACUGUGAUGUGUCCAUAUCAGCAUUUUUGUCCAGUCUUGCAAAAGCAUCUUCCUUAUAGUUCUUAAGCCUAAACUGAGUUCCAUCAAGGAUGAUUUGGUACAGAGUGAGAAGCUUUUCUAUUGUACAGAACCAAUGUAUCGCUGCAUCUCCAAAUGGAAGGAAUUGCAUAUGCAGAGGCAUUAUGGAAGAACAAAUAUGUAAGCUGGUGAUAUUGACAAAUCUCCAGAGGCGUGGGCUGUCUCUCUUGAGUCGGCUCUGGUAAAGGCACUAAACCACCAUCCGAACUAAGUGUCUGGAUAAAGAUAUACAAGCCUUUCCCAGAGAACUUAAAGACCCGUUGAUCCGUAUUCACUUGUAAUUACGGAAUUCCUGUAAUUUGAUGCAUUGGUCCGAAAUUAGAUGAGAGGGAUAAAUGAAACUGGUACCUGGUUUGUAAUGUGGCUCCUGUUAAUGGUUGUGCUUUGAUUAACUUCACAGCCAAUAUAUCCGCCAACCUCACUGCCUUGGGUUUCAGCCCGGCUUGCCGUUUCUCGCUCCAGUGUCAGCCAGACACAUUGAGUCUUGAUAUGAUGCCACUUCACAACACGGGUAAAGUGAGCUGCCUGAUAAUAUUUUUUGAAGGAUAGUUAGCCAGAUUGUUUUGAACUAAUAAUUUGGUAAAACUUGAGCCUUGGCCUCUUCCCCUUACACACAUAGAGGAUUAAAGCCGAUUUGAGGGAAGAGAAGAAUGCCUGGGGUAUGGAGAUUGGAAUGGUCUGGUAUAGAUGUAGCAUUCUAGGCAACAUAUUUGUCUUAAUGUAGAUUAUGUGUCUGAAUCAAGUAAAAUGUGGAACUGACCAGGCACUCAUCUCCUCCUGGAAUCUAGUUAACUUCAGUAAAAAAUCAAGCCUGUGAAGGUUCUUCAGAUCUUUAGGGACUUGUACCCCUAGGUAUUUGAAAAUGUCCUGAUACCAUUGUAAUGAAAUUAUUGAGCAUAGGUAUUCAGCUUCUGCUGUUAGGACUGAGAGGUUCAGUACCUCAUGCUUAACUACAUUAAGUUUAAAGUAGCUUAAAUCACCAUAAAUGUGAAACUCCUUCCAGAUGUUUGCUAGAUUUGUUAUUGGUUGCUCAACAUAGAAGAAUAAGUCAUAUGCGGAUAAUUUAUGGUCAACCCCAGUAUGUUUCUCACCGUCUGUCUCAAAUUGCAGAUGUUUUCGCCCAGUCCACCCUGUCAAAUGAUUUCUACGCAUCUGUAGAGAGGAGGACAAGUGGACGAUUCAAUUCUUGAACUAUUAAAAAGUCAUAUUGUAUUGUAUUUGGCUUCUCUGCCACUUUGGUCUGGGAAAAAUAGAGAUGGUACAUCUUCGUGCAAGAGUGAAUCUAGAAUCACAAUUCAGUAGUGAAAUGGGUCUGUAACUGGCACACACCUCAGAGUCUUUGCCUUCUUUGGGUAUUACCGUGGUAUAUGCCACCAGGGAGUCCCUUCCAAACACACUCCACUAGAAAGAAGUCAUGGUUGUAAGAUCUCCCCAAACAUUUUGUAGUAUUUUAAGGAAAAUGUCUGAUCCUGGAGCCUUCCCCAUCUUGUAGGACUUAAUUGUUUCCUGCACUUCUUCAAUAGUGAUAUCAGUCUCCACCAAAGAUCCAGACUGUUGUGAACAUAGUUCGAGAGAGAGUUCUUGAUAAUCUCACGCGUCGCAACAAUUGCAGCCAUUCAGGAAUCAGAUGUAGGUCUGUGUAAUAAUGGUGGAAUGCCACCGCAAUGUCUCAAGAUAAGGGUAUGGUACGGCUCACACCUUGUUUUAUUCAGUGUAUGUGGUACCUUUGUUGUUUCCUCAACAUUCUGGCAAGGUGUAAUGCAUUUGUUUGAAUGUUCACAUAAUAAGUGUUGUGAUUUUUGGAGUGAUAAGAAGUGUCUUUGUGUCAAUCUGGUAGAAAGUUCUUUAAAUGCCAGGAGUAAUUCCCUAUAAUGCUUGUCAGAUGACAUUUAUUUAUGCUUAGUCUCAAGCUCUGUGAUUCUUUGAAGGAUCACAAAAAAUUUUUCCAAUUAAGUCUUUUUACAUUGUGAACAUAUGGAAAUGAGGCCUCCUCGUACUACACUGUAUAUCCACAGGUGGGGAUCAUACCGCCCAGGUGCAUAUAUUUGGAGCAGAACAUAAGCUCCAGAAAAUUGUAAGUGGCAUUUCUCUUAUUUUACCUCACCACCUAUAAAAUAUAUUACACUAUAUUCUGUUUUCUGUCUUCAUAUUUUCUAUACUGACUCCAGAACGAGCUGCUUCCCUGUACCCUUUCUUGACCUACACCUAGUUAUGACCAGAUAAAAGUGACUCUGAUUUGGGAAGUGCCAGCUGCCAUACCCAGAUCUAACAAGAGCUAGGAACCUCACUAUCGCACGUAUUUUAGGCAAUAUACAAUCGCUAGGAGACAUUUUUCCUAAUUUUAGUAACAAGAAAUAAAAAAGGAAAUAUUGGGUGGGGGAAUAAAUCUUUGCCUGUCAAAAAUUAACAAAAAGGAAAAAAAUAAACUCUGUGGCAUUCUUUAGCCUUUAUCUUUAUUUUCCAAAAAUCGAGAAUUCUAUAAAUAAUCUAUUUCAGUCCAGCCUUGACAUCAGUGCCUGGUGCAGUAAAUCUAACAGCAUUGUAUGCAUUUGGGAUCCAUAACACAGAAAACAAACGUUUAACUGGAGGAGAUGAAAAUAGCUCUCAGUCCUUCUGCAUGAGACAGCUGGCAGUGCUAUCCAGAGAAAACCAUUCACUUCCUACACCAGGCCAGUAUUCACGUCUAAGCUGCUAUUUCUGGAUAUCCUUGUGAGCCUGAAGAGGCCUGUUUAGAUGUAAAUAUGUUGCACUUGUCAAGGUAACACAUCCACAGACCUAAUAGAUAAUUAACUUCUCUCUUUCUUGUGCUGUAACAUUUUCACUGUUUUAGUGCAUCUCUUUUAACUGUUUAAAUCUGCCACAGUAUUUAGGCUAAUAAAGCUGUUAUUAAAUAAUCUGGUAUUAAGGAAUACUCCACAAGAUUUUUUUUUGAUAAAUAACGCUUCACAAGACUCCGGUGGGAUUUGCGUCACUUGCUGCACCCAAAGGGGGCAGAACGGCCCAUAGAACUGACAAUUCAGCCUGGUGUGAAUUCACAUCAAGCGGCCUACUAAUCAAGUAAAUCGGCCCAUCAAUAGCGAACCAUACAGGGAAUAUUGUUUUAGUGCUUUCUGCAGAGUUCUAAUCCCCUGAGCAUAGCACAAGCGCGUCUAAUGUACUUAGAGACAGUUCCCAGGUGUCCCCAAAAACGGAACACCAGGGAACAAAAUGGUGACAGCUGGACAGCACCUGAAAAUCAGGACUGUCCUGAUGAAAUUAGGAUGGUUGAAAGGCUGGGGGCCAUGCCACUAUUGGUAGUCUGGCUCCAGCAUGUUAUGCAUGCUCAAAACUGACAAUAGCCAGCCCAACUUUCUCAUUCUGGCUUGGGUAACAACAAGAAAACAAAGACGUUUCUGCCAAAUAUAUAAUAUAUCACAACACAAUAGAUAUAAAUACUAUACAAACAACACUGCUGGAGGUGGAGUUUCACACAAACAUACAGACUCCAAGCAUCAUGACCACUUCAAAUCAGUAAAGUGAUCAUGGUGCUUGCAGUAUCCCUUUAAGAAAGUAUUUUAAAAUGGGGAGGCAGAGCAGAGGAGAUUGGUUUGUUUUUUAAGUCCUGUACUAAAUUGGACAUGCCAAAAAACAGCUUAAGAUAUAACUAAAAGCUUUAAAAUACAAAAAUGUUGAGUUGGUGCCUUUAAUGUUCGUAAAUGUGGAGCUGAAGUGGUCUGGGUGCCUAUAGUGGUCCUUUAAAUAUUACAGAGACAUUACAGGCACCAGCAUGACACUUAUAGAUCUUAAAGUUGGACUUUCUAGCCAAAAUUUGAAUUUUUCCACUUAGCAGGAUACUUCAGCCUUUAGUUUAAAACAAAUUGAGACCUGCUGUUUGUGUGAUGGGUGUGUCUGCAGCCAUUUCUGUUUCAUCUUACCCUUGCUAUGGAGAUUCAGGCUUCUUGUCCUGAUGCAGUCAGUAGAUCGAAUUUGCAAAUAAUUAUAUUGAGGAUUUUUGGAUUCUGUCCUUUUGGCAGUCAUUAGCUUUAGCAGUACACCGCCUCUUAUAGCUUAUGGUUACAUCAUGGGCUGCAGAUCUUUUGCCCAAGGACAAACAUUUAUUGUUACCUUUUAAAAAUAAUUACUCCAUGUGUGGAUGCCAAUAUCUGUAAGAUGAAUAGGAUGUGUAAGGACAUCUUUCUGCCAAAUGACAAAAAAUUCAAGACUACGAAUAGGAAUAGAUAUGUGCUUACUUGAAGAGGCAGUUGAUGUAUAUGACCUGUGCAGCAAUGUUUUUUUUUUGUAAGACUGUCUUUGCACAACUUGAACAGCUAUUUUAUGAUGGUUGCAGUCCCAUUUUAUAGGUUGAUGAGACUUUAAAGUGGCUCUGUCAAUUUCUGGGGUCUUAUUAUGCAAACAGCCCUCAUGGUGACUGCUCUGCUUGCAGUGAGGUGACCACAGGGUGCAGGGAAAGGUAGGUUUCACUUGCCUAAACCUGUCUCUCUUGGGUUCCACCAUUUUCUUCUGUGAGGUUGGCUUCAGCUUUUGGCACUUCUUCUGCUAGGAUCGGACAUGUGCAUAGAUGUCUAUGCAAGGUUGCCGGAUCCUACAUAGCAAGAGCUUUUUUCUCCUCCACCGUCACUAGAGAUAACUGAGGGCUUGACAAAGGGUAGCAGCAUAUACUUAGUCUAAUGAUAUCUUUUGGCUGGUUGGAAUUUUUUGGGGCAGUAACAAAGCCGCUUUAAUCAGUAGUGACAUGAUGUGCAAAAGGUAUAAAUACGGAUGGUUUUAUCAUUCGUUUGGAAGCAAUAACACUGUAAAUUAUCGUAAUGUGAUAAUUUACCAACACACAAUUCUGAUCAUUAACAUAUUCUAUCUCUGCUAUUCUGACUUUAACAAGAUAUUUAUUUGCAGAUUGUGAUGGAGUUUAAGCACCCUAAUGACAGUAAUGUUCAGGUGAUGCUCCCACAGAGAAGCUUGCUGAUCAUGAGUGGGGAAUCUAGGUAUCUGUGGACACACGGGUAUGUAUCUUGGAGGUAUCUUAUUGUAAGGUUACGUAAUCUCAUAAAAUGAGCUUUACAUUUUUUUUGUGUGUUCUGUAACUUUUUAUAGGCACAUGAUCCGGAAAGAAUUUUUUAUGCGCUGCUUUCUGCCUGACAGAUCAUUUGAAUGUCCUCUGUGUUGUUUUACUUACCUGGAAUCCAGCAGCAAAGACUUCCAUGCCUUCUUCUGUCAUAGGAAACCUGGACCGGUCCAAUCACAUGAUUCUCAUAGAGGAGCCUGUUAAUGGACUGUUUUGCCAGCGCAGCGUGCAUGUGCGCAAUCUGGGGAGAAGGGGAGAAAAAUGCUUCCCCUUCCUGGCACUGUCUGCAAGGGAAAGCUCAGUAUAUUCGAUGUCAGCGUGCUGCGUGCUUUGACGAAGGACAUAUUUUUUGCAUUCCAGAUGCCAAAGUCAUAUGUGCAACUAGACAAAGGCACGCAAUUGCCAAAAUUCCGGUACAUGUAAGGUUUCAAACUGCAGAUACUGACUCCUACCACCAUGACCACUUCAAAUCACUGAAGUAGUCAUUGUGGUUGGAGUAACCCUUUAACAACGUGGUUGCAGACAUUUGGGCACAAAGUGGGGGUGACACAAAUGUUACUUAGGCAGCAUGGAGAGAGGAAGGGAAAUAUUAUAUGGGGAACUAUAAAAGUUAACAUCUUAUUCAUGCACAUCCAGCUUCUUUCUGCACAGUUAAACAGAGUGCAUGGAGGUUUUCAUUAUCUGUAAGCAUACUCAUAAUUUUCUUGAAGUGAUUGAGUGCCAACAACUGUGGAAAAAUCAUUAUAUUGUCUGGGACAUAUUGAGUCUUAAAGUAUAGGUUACUCUUUUCGAUGAGAUUGCCAAAAAAUGUGAAUUCAUUGGUUUUCUGUGAAUAUUUGUGCUUAAUUUGCAUUUCCAGUACAAAAGUUGAUUUUCCUUUAGAUAAUGGCAUGUCUUUGACUGACUGUUCAGCAACUAUACAUUUCUGAAGCCUUUUACUUGUACGCUGUCUGAUUUAUGGCUGACAGUAUUUCAGCGUUGUCCUCAGUUCACGCCUUGCAAUUAUUUUAUACCAGCAUCACUCCAAGAAAGUUUGACGUAGUUCAGGAUUCGGAGGGGCAGAAAGUCAAAACAAUCAGUGGAAACAUUGAAGAGUUAACCCUAAAAAAGAGAGGAACAAGGACUUCCUUCACAUUUAGGAAAGUGAGGCGAAACGCAUGUGAUUGCGGUAAGUUUAGCAGCCUUAUAGUUUGACAAAGUACAUGCAUAUUUAAGUUACAUAAGGGAUUCAUUCUACAGUGUCCACUCUAUUUAAGGUUUCUACACUCAAGAUGAGAUUAUUUUGGAAUCUGGAAAAUAAAAGUAUUCAUUAUUUGACUUAGUAUUUCUUGGCAUAGCUGGAGCAUUAAGCAACAAAGAUUUGUCAACUUAUUUGCGGUAGACUGAGCAAAUCUUAAAACUGCUUCUGGAGAUAAGACAAUAUGGACUCUUUGUCCCAAGUUGACACAAGUUGUUUUGAGUAGGAAGAACAAGGACAAUUUUAUGUAGGAAGGUAAAAAUUGGAUCAUUACGAAUUCAGAAUAGUGGUGUGAAAUAUCCAGUACAUUUACAUUAAUGUUUUCAUGACAAGUGUUAGAGUAUGUUUUCAUUAUAUUUUCAUUAUCUGAAUAUUUUUUGGGCAGCUAUAGUUAAAUCACAAUUUGCAGAUUGGAACCGGGAUAUUUAAUUGGGUUCUGGAGGGUAUAGGGAGCCGAUUUAGUUGAUGGCAGAACAUGGUAACAAGAUGAACAAAUAUAGCUAAUUUGUUUUGAGAUAGUUCUAUUUAUGACAGUAAUUCUGUUGGAUCAGUGACAACUGGUGAAUUUAACAUGAAAUUAUUGAUCUGGCAAGUUGAUAAGUGAAUAUAUGUUUUGGACAUGCAGCCUUUCCAUCAGUGUGUGAUAGUCAACAAUCACAGGAGAAAGAAGCGGCCCCUCAAGUCAGUGUCUUGGGAGUGGAAGCCUUGGAAAAAGAAUAUGUACACAAGGUCUACGAAGAUAUUGCUGGUCAUUUUAGCAGCACAAGACACACCCCUUGGCCCAAAGUGGUGGACUUUCUCGUGACGUUACCUGAUGGAGCUAUUGUGGCAGACAUAGGCUGUGGUAAUGGAAAGUACCUUGGCAUCAAUAAGAAUUUGUACAUGGUCAGUAUGCAUGUUUAUUUAUUUUUCAAAUACUAUUGUUUUAUUGUGAAUGCAAAGUACAUGGAAGCAUCAAUCGUAGAAAACAAGACAAUUAUAAUAACAAUGGUGAUAAUGCGACUGGCAUAUCAAACAUUCACUUUUCCCAUUAGAAACAGCGUGUUAAACGAAGUAAAGAAAAAUGUAACUCAAAUGUCCAGUCCUGUUAAUGUAUUAGUAAAUCACAGUCUCUGUGGUCACUACAGUGCCCCAUGAAAUGUCCACGCGACAGCUCACUAGGUAUAAGGGAGAGAAGAAUUUACUUCCUUGGUUGUGAACCUGGGGCAACAUCCACUGUGUAAUGUUGCCUGCUAGGCCAAAGUAUACCCCAUAGUGGUCACAUGAAGCCAAAUGAGCCAUUGACCCGUGAUAUAGUACAUAAGCAGUAUAAUACUUACAUAACUUGUAGCUACAAAUCUUGUGUUAAUGGAGGGGAUAAUGGUGGGUUUCUAGAGGUGCAAAGGUCAGUAGGAAGUUCCAGUAGUGUCAGAGAUCUAAGUAGGUGUAAGGCAGACAACCCAUGGACGGAUGGAAAAAUCCACUAAUUGUAUGAUACCACACUAAGCUUGAAGGAAUCCUAUAGUGCCAAGGAAAACAAACCGUUUUCCUGACACUAUAGGCUCUUGGAGUGCCUAUGUACCUUGGUGCUGAAGGGGUUAAAACCCCUUCAACCACUUACCUUAAUCCAGCCCCAAGCUCCCUCGGCACUGGUGACCUCUCCUCCCCCGCCAAUGUCAGCUCCCGAGUGGAGACGAAUGCGCAUGCACGGCCAGAGGCGCUCACACAUUCUAACCUGCCCAUAGGAAAGCAUUACUUAAUGCUUUCCUCUUGAGAUCUUUUUUGACGCUAGAGGUCCAUGAGGACGUCCAGCGUCAAAUAAGUACGAUUAGUGUAAAUCGCGGAAGCGCCUCUAGUGGCUGUCAGGGAUAAAUUGUAUUGUAUAAAUUGUUAGUGCAAACACAUUCCUCAAAUCUAUUCAUGAUACACAAUACAUGGAAAAUAUACCAAUAUGAUUAAUAUAACCCAUAUUUCUUAAUUGAAAUAAAAGAAGGCAGCACAGAUUGCUGGGGGGAGCAUUUGGUUGGUGUUGGGUACAGGAGCCAGGAAUCAGCACGAAUAUGUAGGUAAGGGAAAAUAAUAGAUUUUGAAGGGUAUGGGGAGUUUAUGCAGUGACUGUCAGAAUAAGGAUUUAGAUAUUCAUAGAUGACAAAUGUGGAAAACACACACACGCUUUCUCUCUCUCUCUUGUAAGCACCCACUGUACCCUAUCCUACAUGUCUUUCCCUACUGUGACCUUGUAAAACUGGACAAUAGAAACAGAGGCAAAACAAUAAUCCAGAUCGACAUGUGACUUAACGCACGUAUGCACUUUAUGGGCGGUUUUCACAUUUUAUAUUAAACAUGGGAAAAAAAUAAGCCACAAUAAAAAGAGCUGUGUUCCGUUCGAUGAGCGACUUAGAAUUGGGAGCCACUAACCCAUAAUUAACAGCUCCUGUGAUCUGUAAUUGAAGCCCAUAACUGACCCCCUCUGUGCUUUAUCAUUAUCUUUCUUAUUUGGAUAAAGGCAAAAAAACUGAAAAGCCAGCCUGAGCCAAAAUGUAUGUCAUGCAAUUUAGAUGCAAAUUACAAGCUAAUAUGCUUUGUUCCUUUCAAUUAGCUUACAAUUCAUUAACAUUUCUUGGUGUGUUAAGAUCACCCUCAAGGUCAUUAUUCUCUCGCUACUCGGCUCCCAUAAUAAGAACAUUUUCUACAUGAGUGUUUUUUUAAAUGAUCUACAUUGCUUUGGUUUAUUUAAUGUCAUUUUCUUGUAAAUAUAACUGGAAUGCUUCCCAGUCCUGGCUCGCCAAUAUUAUAUGUCCUCUUAUAUUGGUGGUAUACUGUGUAUGUCAUUGGUGAAAACUGUAAUUAGACUAUAUAUAUCACAUUAUACACGAUCGGGGUCAGAGGGAAACUCAAACAGUUGAUGGACAUGGACCACUAUUCACCAAGAUCUCUAUAAUGCAGACAGGUUUCUCCGCAAACUCCUCUUCUUGCUACCCUUUCUCGUUGUAUAUACAUUUGUUAAUAGGCACCAGUACUUUUGGGCACUUACACUCCUUUUUAUUUUAACAUCUACUCUAAAUUGCCACAGUCUGUCCCAGCCCUUGUACUCCCUGAUGCCAUUAAACCAAGUUAGAGGUGGGGACAUUUGGUUUGCUUAAGUCCACCAUACACAUUUCGUAAUUAAAAAUAUUUGUGUAUAUGUCUGUUGUGCUUAUUUGCAAAUAAAGAAAAAUAUAUUUGUGUAUGGCUGAUUCUAUUAUUUCAUCAACUUGUAGAGUAUAAAUGGCAAGAUGUAAUGGUGGAAGCUGGAAAUAUCCAAUCUAUCUUUAUGAUAAACACAAAAGUCACCAACUUUGGGGAAAAAAAUGUCAUUUCAAAUGUUGUAGAAUGCUAUGUCCCAAUAUUGUUAUACAGUGAGAUUUAUUUAUAUAGCACCAGCAACAUACACAGGGAUAUCACAUACUUAGGCCGACACAAUAUUAUACAUUCAGUAGAAGGUGCCAAAUUUACCAAUUUGUUAUCUGUGCUGUUUGAGGAGACCCAAAUAAUGGUGAGACUUGCAUUAAGAAGCUAUAUUCCUGUGCAAAAUCGUUUCAGAGGACAUGACUGUGCUCAAUGUUUGUGUUUUGUUUCUUUAUCACCUGAAAGAUUGGCUGUGAUCGUAGUAAAAACCUUGUGAAUAUUUGUGGCGAGAAGAAAUUUGAAGCCUCUGUCUGUGACGCUUUGGAUGUACCUUUCCGGGCUGGCUCAUUUGAUGCAUGUCUUUCAAUAGCAGUAAUCCACCAUUUUGCCACAGAAGUAAGUGCAACAUCUUUGUUUUAUUACCACACUCGUGCUAUUUUACUGUGUAUGUAAUCUAAAAAUGCCAAUGGUGCUAUUUUUAAAGAGGAUAUAAUUAGAUUUUUAAUUUAAGGGGAAAAAAAGAGAGAGAGGGAUUUUGGUUGCAAAGAAGGUCUGCCCUUUCUAAAGCAGUACCGUUGUUAAAAGAAAACUAUAUACACCCAGACCACUUAAUGUCAAUGAAUGGAGCUGGGCGCCUUGCGUCCCCCCUUUUAACCCUGCCGCUGAAAACAUUGCCAUUCGCCAGGAACGGACAUUUUUACUUUCCCGGGUUAACCUGCCCCUAGUGACUGUCAUAAUGAGAGGUGCUUCCGUAAAAUAGUGUAACUCUGCUGUUUUAAUCAGAUUGUCUCAGGAUAGCGCUUCUAUGUUUGUAAAGUUUAUUACAUACUUGCUUUAUUUUGGUUUGUUUAUUUGUUCAAAAGUGUUUGCUUGCUGGUUUUAAAAAAUAAUUGUCAAGUGAUGCAUGUCCCUUUAAUAGAAAAUGUAAUAACACAAAUACAAACUCACAAUUCUUCAGUUUUACUACAAAGAAAGAAAUUGUGUGAUCACAUAUCACAUAAUUUUUCAAGAUGAGAAAAACAGCCUUUUACUCUUUCCCAUCGUGAUCUGCAGCAAAGCCUUGGACUUCUUUCCAAUUUAUAACUUUUAUGGCAUGUGUUUUUCUGGAUUUUUUUUGUUAUUCUGUCUCUCCCUGUUAAAAUACACCUACCAUUAAAAUUAUAGACUGAUCAUUUCUUUGUCAGUGGUCAAACGUUCAAAAUCAGCAGGAGAUCAAAUACUUUUGUCCCUCACUGUAUAUUGUGGGGUAAUGAUAAGAAAAAAACCUGCAGUUUUAAUUCCCUCUUUUUAUUUGUAGUUGGAUAUUCUGCUAAUAGGCUGUUUAUGUAAUGCUUUGAACAAGACAUGACAUAUCAUUGGCUAAAAGUCCAACAAAUCAGGGCCAGCAACAACCUAUCACCAUCUGCCACUGGGGAGCAGGGCCAGUCAGGGCCAUCAUUUGAUUCCCUUGCAAAUUCAUGCAGCAGCAUGGUACCCUCUAAGAGGCUUUGCUCCACUAGUGCUCAUUCCUAUGCAUUACAGAACUAUUUUAAUAUAAUAUAAAUCUGUGUCUAUGUAGUCUUGAAUAUCCAUUAAGUUGUUAGGUUAUUCUGUAUCUACUAGUGAAAAUGUAUGGCAUUGGUAUCAGUUAAUCCCAUAGCAUUAACCAGAAACUUUGUCACAGUUUAUUGUAGUGAUUAUGGUGUGUUACACGGUAAGAGGGUCAACUUUGACGAUUGAGUUAAGUCAUAAUUUUAAAUAUUAAUCUGUGGCAUAAAAACAUGUGCAAAUGAUUAUUUACUUAAAAAUAUAUAUAAUCUAAAUGUUUUUUUUAUUUUUUUUUAAUCUUUAAAGGAAAGAAGGUUGCGUGCAUUAAUUGAGCUAACAGGUCUCCUUCGAUCAGGAGGAAAGGCCCUUAUUUAUGUCUGGGCAAUGGAACAAGAAUACAACAAAAAGAAGUCCAAGUACUUGAAGGAAAAUAAAAAUAAUAAAGAACAAAAAACUCUUAAUAUCCAGGAUGGAGGACUAAAGCCGGACACCAACACCGUGUUGCCAGUUCACACUAACCGAACGACAUUUGAGUCUCGGGAUUUACUGGUUCCUUGGCACCUUAAACCUUCAACUCGACCUAAUAGCACUGUGACAUCAAAACAGUCUAAUGAGGAAGAACAAGGACCUCGAUCUGUCUAUCACCGCUACUAUCAUGUAUUCCACGACGGUGAACUGGAAGGAUUAUGUCGCAAAUUAGAGAAUAUUACGAUUUUGCAAUCUUAUUAUGACCAGGGAAACUGGUGUGUGAUCUUGGAAAAAUCUUGAAAACAUCAGGAUAUUUCUUCUCACAUUUUGAACUCAUCAAUCCGUGAAUAUUUUAAUAAUUCUUUUCAGCGACAGAUUUUAACUUGCAAAAUAGUAUUUAAUAAAGAAAUUUAAAUGGCUGGAA